GCCCUCCACGAUCCCAUGAUGCGCUGCGGCAGCGAACCCCAGCCGUCAGUGGCGGCCGCCAUGUUGUGUUAGUUUGUUGUUCUCUUGCGGCUGGUGGUGCGGAGCAGGCGGCGGGAGGGCGGAGUACCCUCGCCCCCUGCAGCCGGGCGCCGAGCGGGGCCUGCGUCCGAGGCCUUCCCCCCACUCCGAGCCCUCAUUGCAACUGCGGGAGGCACCGCCAGGAGCGGCCGCCGCCCGCGCAGGAGGAGGCGCCAUGGCUGCUGCCUUGGGAGGAGCAGAUGAUGACUUUGAUCAGUUUGAUAAGCCUGGUGCAGAAAGGUCUUGGAGAAGAAGAACUGGAGACGAUGACUGGGACAGUGAACUUGAAGAUGAUUUGCUUGGAGAGGAUUUGCUUACUGGUAAAAAGAAUCAGUCAGACUUGUCAGAUGAAGAACUGAAUGAUGAUCUUCUACAGAGUGACAAUGAAGAUGAACAAAAUUUCAGUUCUCAAGGUGUCACAGUUAGUCUUAAUGCUACAUCUGGCAUGGUUACAUCAUAUGACUACUCUGAGAACGCUAAUGAUCAUUCGAUAGAACAUGAGUCGGAAUAUGACCAAGGGGAGGACGAAAUAGCUUAUGACAAAUCGGAUGAACCUGAAGUAUACUCUCAAGAGUACACAGGGGAAGGACAGUAUGAAGGCAAUGAUGCUGAGCUGACAGAAGACCAAAUAGAAUAUGUGGAAGAACAGGGAGAGGAAGAAAUUUACAAUGAUGAAGUGCUAGACCUUGAAAUCAAUGAACCUCUAGAUGAAUUUCCAGAUGAAGAUUAUAUACAGUCAUAUAAUGAACAACAAGGGAUGGAAGAACAGGAAGAAUAUGUAGCUGAAGAGGAAUUGGAGGAGGUUGCUGAUUCCCAAACACCUACAAAUGAAUCAGAAGAGGCAGCUAUUGAAACUCUGGAACUUCAGGAGGAAACAAAAGAAGAAUCUGAUGAAGAGGAGGAGGAGGAUGAAGAAUCUGGACGACUACGUUUCAAAACUGAACGAAAAGAAGGAACCAUCAUUAGGCUCUCAGACAUAACGAGAGAGAGGAGAAACAUUCCAGAAACUUUGGAACUCUCAGCAGAAGCCAAAGCAGCGUUAUUUGAAUUUGAAGAAAGGGAAAGACAGCUUAAACAGGGACGCUACGGCUCAAGGAGAGGAGGGAGGAGAGGAGGUUCCAUAAUGUGUCAUGGAAUGGGAGAACAAAGAAGAGACAACAAUGAAAGGGGAAGAAUGAAGGAUCACAGGCCUGCACUGCUGCCAACGCAGCCACCAACAGCGGGUCAUUCACAGAGGUUAAUUCCUCCUCACCAGCAGCAGCCUAUUAGGAGUCUGUUCCAGCAGCAACAGCUACAAACGCUGCUUCCUAUGCAGCAUCAACACCAUUCAUCUCCUCCUCCAGGACUACAUAUGCCACCCCAGAUAGAAACACCUGGAAUAAUGAUGACUCCACCUCCAGUGACACCCCAGCAACCGAAGAACAUACAUAUAAACCCACAUUUCAAAGGGACAGUAGUGACGCCUGUGCAAGUGCCCUUGUUGCCAGUCCCAACCCAGCCAAGACCUGCUGUAGGACCCCAGAGAUUUCCUGGCCCUCCAGAUUUUCAGCAGCACCCUCCUGGACCAGUUCCUACCAACUUCACCCAAGCCCCAAGAAUCCCUCUACAGGACCAGUGGAGAGGCCCACCUCCACCACCUAUGCCUCCUCCUCCUCCGCCUCCUCCUCCUCCCCAGGAAAGAGACCCUUUCUUCAUGGGAGAUCCAAGAUUCCCAAGUCAUCAUAUGUUCGAGCAACGGAGUCCCCCACCUCCACCCCCUCCCCCACUCCUUAACAGUACCCAUCCUGUCCCUAACCAGAAUCCUCUGCCUUUCAAUCAACCUGGACCAGGAUAUAAUCAGCAAGGGCAGCAACCAGUAUUUCCCAGAGACAGACCAGUAAGACCAAACAUCCAGCCUCAGAAUCCUGCCGGAAUUCUUCACUUCAGCCAACCAGGUUCAGCAAAUCCACGGCCUUUCAUGCAACCCAGACAACAAUUCUUACAAAACCCAGGACAGCCAUUUCUAGCAACACAUACACAGCCCAAUAUGCAGGGUCCCUUGCACCCUCCUCUACCGCCUCAGCCUCACCAUCAGCAACAACAACACCAGCACCACCAGCAGCAGCACCAACAGCAGCAGCAGCAGCACCAGCAGCAUCAUCAGCAUCCGCAUCAACAUCAGCAUCACCAUCAUCUUGCUGGUCCACCACAGCCUUUGAUUCCCAUUACCCAGCCACAGUUCAGACCUCAUUUGCAGACUUCACAGCAACAGGCAAAUAACAAUAGAAUGCAAUGUCAACAGCGGCAGGGUCCAAUGAAUCCAAGACAUAGUACACCAACACAGAACAUGGUCAAGCGUCCGAAUCAGCAGCUACAGUCAACUGCUUCAAGAAAUAGCAACUUGCGUGAAUUACCAAUAGCACCUUCGCAUGCUAUUGAGAUUAGUAACAACCGGCGAACCGCUGCACCUGCUGCGCAGGUGAAACCCAUUACCAGCACAACACCUGCUACAAGAUCUGUAGUAGGUGUUGGGAGCCCACAUGGAAGGACUGAAAUGAAAGCUAGAGCAGUCGUGCCAGUGGUCCAAACUAAAGUAGAAGUAAAAUCUGAACCAGAGUUUCCCGAUGAAGAUGAAGAAACCAGAUUAUACCGUUUGAAGAUAGAAGAACAGAAACGCCUAAGAGAAGAAAUUCUGAAACAGAAGGAGCUGAGACGGCAGCAGCAGGCAGGUGCUAGAAAGAGAGAGUUACUUGAAAGACUUGCACAACAGCAGCAACAGCCUCCUAGUCAACAAUCUUUCACACAGCAGGAAGAGGAAUCAUCAGAGUUUCCCACCAAUGGAAACCCAUUUAUAGUCCAUCCUGGUGCACAGGCCAGGCAAAAUGUGAAAAAUAGACUUCUUGUUAAAAAGCAAGACAUGGUGGUUGCAAAUAUUCAGCCCAGACCCACAGAUUUCAUGCAAGAUGGGGCUAAUGUGCAUUUUCAAGGACAGCAAGUGAAAACAGUGAAGCCUUUGAGACAGACUAGAACAGUACCACAAAGUCCGCUUCAGCCAUCGCCAAAAGUAUUACAAACAAAACCUGCUGCAACUACAGCAUCGUUCACCCCAGGACAGACUGCUAGGGUGGCAUCGAUACAAGGAAGGCCUCAGGAACUGAAACCUGGUGUGAAAAGGACUGUCAUGCAACGGGCAAACAGUGGUAGUGGAGAUGGGCCCCAUGUCGGCACCAAAGUGAGGGUGAUUAAGUUGUCAGGAGGGCAGGAGGGGGAGAAUGUUGGCUUUGUGCAGCCAGAGGGCCAGCUCCAACGCCUCCAACAACCUCCAGAACUGAGACAGCAGCCAGUGCGGAAGGUCACAUUGACAAAGGGACCACUCCAGCAGCAGCAGCAACAGCAGCAGCAGGCUCAGAUACAUUCAGCAGUUCCCCAAGGAGUCAAAAACAUCCAAGGGAUUCAUCCAGCUAAAAAGGUCAUUAUGCAUGGGAGAGGCAGAGGAGUAGCAGGCCAGAUGGGCCGAGGACGCUUGAUGCCAAAUAAACAGAACCUGCGAGUGGUGGAGUGCAAACCUCAGCCCUGUGUUGUGUCAGUUGAAGGGCUUUCUUCAUCAACUACUGAUGUCCAACUGAAAAACCUGCUGAUGUCAGUAGGACCCAUUCAGAGUUUACAGAUGCUUCCUCAGCAACGGAAAGCCAUAGCGAAAUUUAAGGAACCAGCACAUGCAUUAGCAUUUCAACAGAAAUUCCACAGGCAUAUGAUAGAUCUAUCCCACAUUAACGUGGCUUUGAUAGUUGAGUGAGCAUAGCUGAUAACGCUAAUAGAAGCAUACUGUGGAGCUACAUAGGGAGAAGAUACGAAGGCGAAACCAUCAGGAUCUGAAGUCUUUUCAGUUUACAGUCUUUCUUUAACUGCUCUGUAGAACUACAGAAAGUAACAAGAUUUCCUCAAGAUAAGCUGAACUUAAGAGGAUCUAGCAAAGUGGAGUUUUGUGUUCAAUUUCUUCACAUUCGGUUGUAACCCCAUGGAACUACAGAUUUUUUUUCAAAGUGCUUACAAUGCAUGUAGACAUUGUUCUUCAAGAUCGUACUGUGUGAUCACAGUGACUUGAGUUGAGAAAAAGAACACUUACAUUGAAAAAUUUAAAAAAGUUUCUUCAUAGCAAAGAAUAUUUGAUAAUGGUUGCUCUUAUCUUCAGUGCAGGGUAUUUAAAUGAGAACUCACUUCUCUAAACAAAACACAUGUAUGUUGUUCCUCUGAGAAGAUAGAAGGUGCAUUCUUAUAUAGAUUAAGACGUGGCCUACUUGAUUGAUGAUGAUAUUCUGAAAGGCUUUGGAGGUGACACUGGAAGGCUGUAGUUUCUGUUUUUGUAAAUAUGUUAGAUCGGUUUUUGCAUCUUCUAGUCUGACACGUUCCCUCUUUACUCCCUCCCCCCUCGUUUUGUGAAAUGAAAACACGCUGUAGGAAUAACAUUGCUACAUUUUCCCCCAUAGUUUAAAACGAAGGAUCUCGAUCUUCACUUUUCAGUAGCAUAAUGGGGUAGUUUACUCCAAGUAGUAAUUUAUUACAGUUUAGAUUGUUUUUUAAAUGGGAUUGCAAGAUACGAGGAAAAAGUGAAAUACUUAAGCUCAUUUUAAAAAUAGGGUGACACAGAGAAAGUGGUACAUUCCCAAUAGCAUUUUUGUGCCACUAUUGCAGAGUAUGCUUCCUCUUAAUCUUUGUCAAUUAGUAUUUUUCCUUGAAAUUUAGUUUGUGACUAAUGCUAAACCAUUUAAAAAAAAAAUCAUAGUAAAGGCAUUAGAAUUGAGACAUGGUGUUCCCCACAAAGAUGGGAUUAUGAGGAUGUUGUUACGCUGCGGGUGAAAUUGGCAGUUCUAAAAAUUAUGUACAAAUAUUAAAGGAGAUUGCAUUUUAUAGUUGGUAAAAUCCAUUAUACUUCCUUUGGGUUAGAACCAUCUGGAUGGCAUUUCCAAAGGAACACAUUUUCAGUUACUUUUGGACAAAUUUAGCAAAAUGCCAUUGUUUACAUCCGAUUGCAGGUUUUAUGAAACAUUUUCUUAGUUUUUAUUUGGUGGGGUUUUCCUUCAUUCUUUAUUUUUAGGAUAUACUUUUGAGUGCUGACGUACAUUUUGAAGUGGGCACCUACGGAAACUUCAUAGUCUUUGAGGAUACUCAAGUAACAGAAACAGAAAAAACACUAACAUGAUGUAGUGAAUCUGCAGGAGCUUGUGAAUGGGGUCUAAACAAGUGCCAGAAUAUGGAAGAAUGACAGUUUGAAGCAAAUUCGUUGCAGUAAACCUUAGCUUGUAUGUAAGAUUUAGUGGUGACAGAGUUCACAUAGGCUUUCUAAUCGGCUUUCUCACAGCAGAGUUUUUUGUACUGAUUUCCAAUAAAGUAGAAGUUACUAAAAAUUAAAUAAAUAGUGUCUAAAGUCUCCUGGGUAAAACUGCUUUCUUUUUCCACUGAAAUAAUAGGAGAAUAAUGUAGUGUAUUAACAUUAUUACAAUGGGAAAAUGAAAAUGUUUAAGGAAUAGUGGUUUCUAAAGCCAUUUGCAUCUUAGCAAAGCGUGUAUCUUAGCAGAUCACAGUAAGAUCAUUAGAAUAUUCACAUAUGAAAGUGGGUUUUCUCACAUUUGCAUAUCUCUAAAUCCUAACAUUUGGCACAGUGCAGCACAGUUGAUGUUCUCUGCUCAGGACAGAUCCAAGACUGGGAGUAGCAGAUGUGUCACAGGUAGAAAUUAGUUAGUGGGGCUGUAUGUGAAGGCUUGCAUGACACCUGACUUCCAUGGUGGUUGGUUCUCACUAGUACUCUUCCCUCCUCACGUCCACCAUUACUAAACCCCACAAAUAUUGUAUUUUGUAUUGUUAAAAAGGAAUUUUACAUCUUAGAUGGGCCAUUAAAGGUGGUGAUGUACCCACUGUUAAGGAACAGCUUCUCUGUGGGGGGGAAGAUUGGAAAAACAUCCAGAAAAUAAAUGGAUCCGAGUGUCUGCCCAUGGAAGUAUGGGCCGGAUGUGACUACAAAUAGCUCAGUAGGGGUAGUCCA